AUGGGCCUUCGCCGUGGUCCCAGCGGCGCCCCAGCCACGGUCUCGAUACGGCCCAUCGCAGCGUCUGAGACGUACCCGCUGCGACACGCCGUGCUCUGGCCCAGCCAGCCCGCGUCUUACGUGCAGCUGCCCGAGGACGUCGAGGGCCAGCACUUUGGCGCCUUCGGCGACGCCGCCAGCCGUGGGGGUGAAGACGUGGGCGCGCCGUCGACGACAGCGGCAGCGGCAGCAGCAGCAGAGCCGCGCGACGAGGAGGACGAGGAGGACGAGGCGGACGUGCCGCAGCGCCUCGUCAGCGUCAUCUCGCUGUUCGUCGACGCGGCGCGGCGCGAGGCGCGCUUCCGCAAGUUCGCGACGGCGCCCGCGUGGCAGGGCCGCGGCGUCGGGUCGGCGCUGCUGGCGCACGCGCUGGACGCCGCGGCGCGCGCCGGCGCCGCGCGCAUCUCGUGCGACGCCCGCCUGAGCGCCCUGGCGUUCUACCGCCGCUUCGGCCUCGAGGCGCCCGCGCCCGCCGAGGACGGCCUGCCCGCCGUCUUCUUCAAGGGCGACGUGCCCUACGUGCGCCUGGAGAAGUCGUUGCUGCCUUGAUGGGUAGGAGGAGGAGGAGGGGGGAGAGAAGGAGUGUGUGUAUGUGUGUGUGGGAGGGAGGAGGGGAGAGGCUUGUGAGUGGGCGAGCGACGAGGCGGUGGACCGGCAGCGAAGCAAUGGCGAGGUAGGUAGGGAGAUACAGGGCGACGGAGAGGCAGACAGGGUGCGUGUGCGAGCGUGAAUGCG